AUGCAAAACCUCAAAAAUGCAACCCCAGGCCGCCUGAUCGAUCACCUUCAGAACACCAAGGGAUUUAAUCUGCGAGCACUGAAAUACCUGGUGAUGGACGAAGCAGAUAGGAUUCUCAACAUGGAUUUUGAAACUGAGGUCGACAAAAUUCUCAAAGUGAUUCCAAGGGAUCGGAAGACCUACCUGUUCUCUGCAACGAUGACCAAGAAGGUACAAAAACUCCAGCGAGCAGCAUUGAAAGAUCCUGUGAAGUGUGCUGUUUCAACCAAGUACCAGACUGUGGAGAAACUGCAGCAGUAUUAUGUGUUUAUUCCCUCGAAGUUCAAGGAUUGUUACUUGGUUUCCAUUCUCAAUGAGCUGGCUGGAAAUUCCUUCAUCAUCUUCUGCAGCACAUGUAACAACACACAGCGCACAGCACUGCUCCUACGCAACCUUGGCUUUACCGCCAUUCCCUUACAUGGCCAAAUGAAUCAGAACAAACGAUUGGGAGCUUUGAAUAAAUUCAAGGCUAAGUCUCGGUCGAUCUUGCUGGCCACGGAUGUAGCAAGUCGUGGCCUUGAUAUUCCACACGUGGAUGUGGUCAUCAACUUCGAUAUUCCUACCCAUUCAAAGGAUUACAUUCAUCGUGUGGGGCGGACGGCCAGAGCAGGACGGGCAGGCAAGGCCAUCACCUUUGUCACCCAGUAUGACGUGGAACUGUUCCAGAGGAUUGAGCACCUGAUCGGGAAGAAACUCCCAGCCUUCCCCACGCAAGAGGAAGAAGUAAUGCUGCUGGUGGAGCGGGUUACUGAAGCGCAGCGAUUCGCUCGAAUGGAACUGCGAGAGCAGGGAGACAAGAGGAAACGUUUACCUGAACAUGCCGAUGAUGACACAGAAGAAUCUUUGGGUAUCAGGCAGAAAGUACCAGGAGGCAAAGCAAGGAAAAGGCCCCGUUAAAGAGCACAAACAAUGUGCUAAAAUUCUUUUCAAAUUGGAUGUGAUAUUUAUAUAUUAUUAACUGGACUAUAGCUGAAUUCUAUCAGUUUGAUACAUUCGUUUAGAUAUCUGUUCUGAAGACUAGAACUGACAGACUAAACUGAUGAGGAUGUGUCCUUUGUGAUGAUGUGCUCCUGUUUAUUCAGCAACUCAAUGUUCUUUUUAUCCAUUUUCAUUUCCUUCAGUAAAUUGCAGCAGAUUCUGUUAAUAUUUAAAACAAAUCCUCAACCUGCAAAGUGUCAUUUGAGAUAUGUUCAAAACUGUACAAGGUUUAACAUUCUCUUAAAUGCUGCACAUUCUAUCUAGUUGCCACUAAUGCUUCAGUGGUCUUGGUGCCAGAUACAAUAUUUAUCCAGCAGUGAAAUUAAAUAACACAUAAAAACUCA